UUAGCAGCCGAGACAGUUGCCUCUGCUUUGGGUUCUCCCCCGGCCAUGCAAUUUUGGCGGCUGAGUGUAUCAUGGCGGAAUUUUCGAAAGAAUGCAGUGUGCCCAGUAAGAUGUCUUGGGAUGCCCUUGAAGCCUUGUGUCGCCUAGAGGGGCUUCACUGUAAAGAUUUAGGGAUAACCAAAGCUAACGUCAAUGAGUAUGAGGUGGAGUUCCUCUGUGACUACAAAAAGACUAAAAUGGAAGAAUUUUACCUGGUGAAAUGGAGAGGCUUUCCAGAGUCAGUCAACAGCUGGGAGCCCAAGAGGCACCUCAAAUGCUCCAAACUAAUGAAGCAGUUCCACCAGGACUUGGAUCAAGAACUGAGUCGCCAGAAUAUACGUUCCAUCCCCAAAAGGCUGGAUAGGGAAAUUUCAACAUUUAUAGUUCGAAAAGCUGAACUCCGUCAGAAACUGCAGAGCUGGGAGACUCAGUUGAACCUAACCUGCAACCACCCCGGUCGCAUCUUUGUCAUGAACGAUGUCGACUUUGAGGGUCCACCAAAGAACUUCACUUAUAUCAACAACUACAAAGCAGGCCCGGGCAUCGUUUUUACUGAAAUGGCUGUGGGCUGUGAGUGCAAGAAUUGUCUCGACGAGCCGAUGAACGGCUGCUGUCCUGGCGCGUCAUUGCAUCGGGUUGCUUACAAUGACCACGGCCAGGUCCGUAUAAGGCCAGGACAACCCAUAUACGAGUGUAAUUCUCAGUGCCUCUGCAGCCCAGACUGCCCCAACAGGGUGGUGCAAAAAGGCAUUCAGUUUGACCUGGCUAUCUUUAAGACGGACAACGGUCGGGGAUGGGGAGUCCGCACGCUGCAACAUAUAAAGAAGAACUCAUUUGUAAUGGAGUACGUGGGAGAGAUCAUCACGUCAGAUGAAGCAGAGAAACGAGGUCACAUAUAUGACGGCGAAGGCUCCACAUACCUUUUUGACCUGGACUAUGUGGAGGAUAUAUACACAGUGGACGCUGCUCACCAGGGCAACAUCUCUCACUUUGUCAAUCACAGUUGUAACCCAAACAUGCAAGUAUUCAAUGUGUUUGUUGACAACAUUGAUGAGAGGCUCCCGAGAAUUGCUUUAUUCUCAACUCGGGCCAUCCGGGCAGGAGAGGAGCUCACCUUUGACUACAAAAUGCAAAUUGAUCCAGUCGACACAGAAAGCUCUAAAAUGGAUUGCAGUUUCACCUUGGCUGGUGUCUCCAAUUCGCCAAAGAAGAGGAUGCGAGUGGAGUGCCGGUGUGGAGCAGACUCGUGUAGAAAAUACUUGUUCUGAUGAAGAACUGGUAUGACUGGAAAAACAAUGCAGCUCGCUGUACAAUAUUUUGAACAUUGCGCAUAUUUGUUUCUUUCUUGAAAGCUCUCCAAACAUUGCUGGCAUUCAAACAUAAAUUUGGACAUAAGGUCUCUGUUUUAUACCUCAUCAGAAAUUGUUUUAAAAACAAAAACAUUUUUAUUUGAAAUGUAUGUAUUUCUAAAGUGGUUUUAAAGCACAAAUUACAAAUGAAUGUCGUAAAUGCAUGCUAUACAAAGUUUAAUGUGAAGUGCCGCUGAAUGAGAGCAAGUCCAACCAUCCAUCCAUUUUCUGUACCGCUUAGUCCCCACGGGGGUCGCGGGCGUGCUGGAGCCUAUCCCAGCCAUCAUCGGGCAGUAGGCAGGGGACAAUUGUCAAAAUUGAGCAAUUUUUUUUAUUUUUUUUGUACUUGUCCGGUUUAUUGUAAAUGAGAUAUGUUCACGCAGCUUUUUCUUUCACUGCCGCAACCAAUGAUGGUGUUGUUUCAGUAUUCUGUCAAACCUAUGAAAAAUACCUGAUUCAGGUUCACUUUUGUCACUGCAAGGUGGAUUCAUGCUGUGACUACGGUGAAAUGAAAUACACAAAUGUUUUUUUAUCA